UUUUCUACGUCCCGCCCCCUAGCAGGUGGAUUAUCCUCAAGUGAAGAUCAUAAAAACUCCGGUACAUCUCAUCAGAGUGCACACGCGCAGCUUUCACAGUCAGACCUACUUCCAAACAACUCACUUUUCCCCUCUGCUUUGUUUGGAGUUUCUUGAAACGACGGCCUUAAAGAGCACCGAAAACUGAAAAUAAUGGGAGUUUGCUGAAAUUCAGAGAAAGUGGUGAAGCUGCUGUAGAGAUGAGUUGGGGGGCUCUGUACGCCCAGCUGGGCGGGGUGAACAAACACUCCACCAGCCUGGGGAAGAUAUGGCUGUCUGUCCUCUUCAUCUUCCGUAUCACCAUCCUGGUACUGGCUGCAGAGAGCGUGUGGGGAGACGAGCAGUCUGACUUCACCUGCAACACCCAGCAGCCCGGCUGUAAGAACGUCUGCUAUGACCACUUCUUCCCUGUGUCGCACAUCCGUCUCUGGUGCCUGCAGCUAAUCUUCGUGUCUACACCGGCCCUGCUGGUGGCCAUGCACGUGGCUUACAGGAAGCGUGGGGACAAGAGGCACAUCAUCGCCACGGCCUUGCACAGCGGUGGUGAUGACAAGACCAGGCAGGUGGACCUGGAGAGCCUGAAGAGGAGGCGUCUGCCCAUCACCGGGCCUCUGUGGUGGACCUACACCUGCAGCCUGUUCUUCCGCCUGAUCUUUGAGGCUGGCUUUAUGUACGCCCUCUACUUUGUUUACGAUGGCUUCGCGAUGCCUCGUCUGGUGAAGUGUGAGCAGUGGCCCUGCCCCAACAAGGUGGACUGCUUCAUCUCACGGCCCACAGAGAAGACCAUCUUCACCAUCUUCAUGGUUGCUUCCUCUGCCAUCUGCAUGGUGCUCAACGUGGCCGAGCUGGCCUACCUCAUCGUCAAGGCCCUGAUGAGGUGCUCCACCAGGAUGUCUAAGAAGAGCCGCGCCUAUGCUCACCCCGAUCAAGUGAUCACGGCCAAGUCUCUACUACAGAAUAAAAAGAACGAGAUGCUGCUGUCAUCUCUUACUGAUUCCUCCAGCAACAAGACUGUGUGAGCACAGCCCAGUGCCAAUGUUCUUCCCCAUUAGACAACAGAGAACUAGGAAGUAGAAACCUAUCAGUGUUUUGUUACCAUGAGAAGAGAACAUGCUUGUGAGGACAUACCUGUAGCAGCUGAGAGGACUGGCCUAACCCUGAGUCUGCUUUUGUAGAUAAUUUUUCAAAUUCCAGUCCUCGAGUACAACAUCAACACACGUUGUUGUAACCCUGGACAAACACGCCUGAUUCAACUCAUUGAGGGCUUGAUGAUUAGUUGACAAGUUCAAUCAUGUGUGCUUGUCCCAGGGCAAAAAUUCUAAUGUGUAUUGUUGGGGUAUUCGAGGACUGGAGUUGGGAAACACUGUUGUAGAGGAUAUUACUUUCUCUGUGCCUUCCACUAUGUCACAAAUAUAGAGCAUUGCCCUGACUGACCCAUGGGGUAACGUUUUAAAGGGUUAGCAUUUUAUAUGUAUUAUUGUUUAUUGAUCUCGGUGCUUGUAUGUUUGAGCUACAUGUUUGUUCAGGUAGUUUGGGAGGUUGAACAGCAGUGACAAAUGGGUCUAGAGCGCCACCUUCUGGUUUACAAUGAGCGUGCAGGAGUUUAAUAUUUUAUUGUGGAGCGCAACCAGAAUUGGUUUACGUUACUUGUUCAGCUUUUGUGGGAGACUUUACCAAAGCAGAAGUGUGCAGUAUAGCUCCAAGUUCUAUUUGAGGCAUUCUAACAGCGGCGAGGGAAAUUUCUCGAGUACCAAAGCAAUAUUAAAACAGUGCCUUCGUCUAUUAGCAGUGUCAAAUAGUAUGAUGUACAUAAUGGUGUAAAUUGAGCAUUUACAUUUUAGUCAUUUAGCAGACGCUCUUAUCCAGAGCGACUUACAGUAGUGAGUGCAUACAUUUUCAUAUUUGUUUGUACUGGUCCCCUGUGGGAAUCGAACCCACAACCCUGGCAUUGUAAGUGCCACGCACUACCAACUAAGCCACACAGAGCAUGAUGUAUUCAGGUGAAGCCUAUUCCUGGACUUAAAAAGCAUGUUCAAUGGGAAAAACUGACCCUCUGAGCAUUAUGCCAACUGAGACAGACAUAUAGCCUAUUGUUGUCAAGACUGAUUGUAAACCUGGCUACAGAGCCUAACUGGGGGUAUCGUCUUUCAGCUUGUUCCUUGUUUUAGCCACUGAACUAAUCACUGCACCUCUUUCAAUGUGAGUAAGCGGGCUGAUCUGCAGGCAAAAAUGGCCUGUGUUCUGUCCAAAAAUGCAUGUAGAAGUUGGACCAUAAUAACUUGUAUCACUGUAGUGACAACCUGACUGUUACCUGUGAAAAGGCAAGGACCGUUUUACCAAUGAGAUGCAUCACACACAUUUGAUGUCUCAUGAUUUGGACAUUGACAUGGAAAGCACUCUGUAGGCUAACUUUUUCUCACAAUCUUCACAGUUGUAGGGGCACUUUUUGUUUGUCUGUUUUUAUAUUGUGACUGUUUGGAGGAAAUGCAAAAUUCGGAAGUACAAAUAUUUCCUGGACAUUUUUGAAAGCCUCAACAUUGUCACACUUUCUUUAUAACAGCUAGAGCCUAGCUAUUAAUGUACAGCUUUCUAAACUGCAUGUUUUUUGAAAAAUGAAGGAUGUUUGUAUUAUUAGAUCUGCACUUUGACCCUGGGUCUUGACUGUUUAAUAAAAAAACAUAAAUAAUA